UACAAAAGCACACAGUUGUUGGUGGUGGGGAGAGAUGGCAACAUGGCUAAUGUGCUGUUGGGGAUUGCCGUUUGCGCGUCAGAAUCUGAAGAUGAUUGCGUGUGGUUCCUGCGUUGUUGUGAGCGAAGUGGUGUCCCUCUUAGAAAGCUAACAAUUUUUUCAGACAGAGGUACUGGCAUUCUUGCAGCGUUCCACACUCUUGAAUACAAAAACGUUCGCUUCUGCACCAGACAUAUUCUACAGAAUAUAAACAAGAUGUUCAAG